AUGACGAUGCUCGUGCUGUGUGACGGCUCCGAGGGAUCUCUGCGGGCGAUCGAGCUGGCGUGCGCCGGUAACGCGAACCCCUCGUCGCCGAUAUCUCCCGGAGAAGCCUCGCUCAUACUUGCCCAUGUCUGGGAUACCUCGGCGACGCGGAGGGGCACCGCCAACGCCGACAGCAGUUCCAUGGAUACGCGUGCGUCUCGCCGAUCGACUUGCAGCGGCGCGGCAGCUCCUUCCGCCUCCGCUGGGGCUGGCGGGCACGGCGGUGGCGUCAUGGCUUGCGGCGAUGUGCUCACCACGACGCUGCGGUACAUCCACGCAAACAAGUACUUGAAAAACAAACUGCACUACAGAAUGGAGACUGCGUGUGCCUCGGCCGUCUGCGUCGGUGGCGGCGCCGACGGCAGCGUAUCACCCGAAGCUGCCGGUGUCCAAACAGGCGGCGCCGCGGCUUUGCAGGCGGCGCGCGGCAAGGCUGAGCACGCACAGAAGCGAUCGUCGUGUUGGUCUGGCGGCUCCGGUGCUGGUGCGGCCGGCCAUCGCUCCGACCAGCGACCGUGGCAAAGACAAACCGACUUGGCGACGGUGGUGCCCGGUGGGGUGAGCAGCGGCGCUGGCAGCGGCACGGCGCCAGAGGGGCAACACGCCGCUAUUUGCACGCCGGAAAACGAGAUGAGGGCGGUGGCGGUGGUAAAGUACGCCGCCGCGCGCGCGGCACACCACCACGCCACUGCCAUCCUCCUUGGGGUCGGCCAGCGGCAGGAUGGGAAGGUCUGCGUGGUCGGGGCGGUGGCGCGGCGGGUCCUUCUUGAGCUGCGCGGCGCCUACGCUUUGCACUACGUGAAGGAAGGCGGUGUGAGGCUGCGCCCCGGGUUGGCCGCCGCCACGCCGCUUCGCUUUACGAUUGUGGUGUCUGUGCCGGCUGACGCGCCGUGGGGGUCGGCCGCGGUGACCCAGACGAGCCCUGGCGACGAGGCGGCGGCCCCGCAAACGACCGCUUUGAUCGCGACGCCGCCCGCGCCGCCCCCACAGGUCCCAAAGCACGUCCAGGAGGCGGUGGCGGCGGCGGCGCAGUACGUGCAGACUCGCUGGGUGUGCCCCCACCCUGCGCCGCAGGUGGGCCAGAUCACGUUUGCCGUGGUCGCCACGUCGAGCUCGCAGGGUGGGGACGGCACGGCUGAGCCAGAUCGCGGCGAGAACGGUGGCGAGGCCGCUUCUGGCCUCGACGCUGUCGGCGGGCGGGGCGGCUUGACGUGGGUCAGCCCUCUUGAAUCGUACAGGCGGUAUCUGGAGGCGCUCCCCGUUAUUAGGUGCAACCCGGGCUCUCCUACCAACGUGGCUGCGUCAUCGUUGUUUCCGACGAGCAGCAUCAACCCUGCCAGCGUCAGCGAAGCAGAUGCGAUAGAGACGCAGCAGCCGGAACAUGCUGCUGCGGCGGCCGGUGCUGGGGGCAGCGGUGCAACGGCACCUGCACCACAGGCGGCCACCUCUCCGGUUACGGUCUGUGCGCUCAAGGCCUCGAAGAAGACCCCACACCUCAGCCUCGAUGCUGCGCCGGAAGUGGCACUCCCGCAGAUUGUAAAGCAGGUCUGUGCACUGAAGCCGCACAUGCUGGUCAUGCCGACAUCCCUUGUGCCCGAGUCCCUGCAGCUUGCGCUCCUCGCCACCAGCAACCCCCACUGCGUCGUGCUCCCGCUCUGA